AUUAGGCGCUUGGUUUACAAACAUCACGUAAAUGAAAUAUUUUAAUCUUUAAUUUAACAACUGACCGUAUCUUUUCUCUUACUAAAAUUUAUUUCUUAAACAUAUUUACUGUUUUCCAUGACUAAAUAUUACUGUAACUCUUUAGAAAAAGGUUCUUGAUUUCCUUAUUAUCGCAUUUUGAUUGUUGCAAGAAACUUGUAUUCUACUCUUAUGUAGAUAAUAAAUUUUCAAUUGUUUUAUCUCUUUUCACUUCAGUAUCAAAUUUUUAUUAAAAUUUCUAUCAAUAUGGUUCCUAUAUUAAAAUAAAAAUACACCUAAUUUUUAUUAUCAUUCUAAAAUUCUUGGCGUUAUUUACGUACUUAAAAUAAUGAAGCGUUUGGGGGAUAAAUGUAACUGCAGAGACAAAAUAUCAUCGCCCAUUACUAAAUACACGGAGUUAGAACCAGCUCUUUGCCAAGAGUUGCGCAAAAUCGUAGACGCGAUCGUAGUACCAGGAAAAGGACUGCUAGCUUGUGACGAGUCUCCUUCAACUUUUCAAGAACGAUUCGACGAGAUCGGCGUGGAAAAUACCGAAAUUAAUCGUCGCGAUUAUCGGCAAAUGUUGUUCACCGCAGAUAAGUCUCAAUUUUCAAAAUACAUAAGUGCUGUUAUUCUGCAUCACGAGACAGUUUAUCAGAAAACAUCCGAUGACGUCGAAUUGAUCGAAUUGCUACGUCAGAGAGAUGUCGUACCCGGCAUUAAGGUCGAUAAGGGCUUGGUCCCAUUAUUUAGUUCGAAGGACGAGAAUACUACGGAAGGCCUGGACAAUUUGCAAGAGAGAUGCAUUCAAUAUAAACGAGAUGGCUGUCACUUCACUAAAUGGAGAUGCACAUUCACAAUCUCAGAGACCACGCCGAGUCAACUGGCCAUGGUUACGAAUGCGAACGUCCUUGCAAGAUAUGCCAGUAUAUGUCAGAGUGCACGAAUGGUACCUAUAAUAGAACCCGAAAUAUUAAACCGUACCCAUGGAAUAAAUAGAGCGUUAGAAGUUCACGAAGAAGUACUGUCUAUUUUGAUUCGUAUUUUACAAGAGCAUCGUAUCUAUCUCGAAGGUAUAAUCCUAAAGGUAGCGAUGGUUUUGUCGGGAAUAAAAAAUUCUACCAAUUGUUCGCCGCAGAUUAUUGCCGAACAUACGUUAGCAGCUUUACAGAGGACAGUGCCGCCAGCAGUACCAGCGGUUAUAUUUCUAAGCGGAGGACAAUCGGAUGAAGAUGCUGUUUUAAAUUUAAACGCUAUUAACGCUUACGAAGGGAGAAAGCCUUGGCCUCUUACGUUUUGCUACGGACGUGCUUUACAAGUAUCUUCAAAUAUCCUAACUCUUUUCAAAGAAUGCAGCAUUGAAAACGUGGAAAGGAAAUCCAGAUAAAGUGCAAGAUGCUCAAGCAGCAUUUUUAGAAAGAGCGAAGCUCUGCUCCCAAGCUUCGUUAGGAGAAUUAGAACCUGAAAACGGCGUGUGCACUAGGAAUUCUCGUUAAAAUUAUCGAUCAGUUAACAAAUAUCCAAUUAAAAGUUACGAAGUUAUAAUUAUACCUGUGUGGAAACGAAUAUCAGAAUUCUUUUUAAUAUUCAAUCUUCAGUUGCAUCAUGCAAAUUCCAAUUACAUGUGAUUGCUUAUCAAUUCACUCGAACACCUUGAACGUCAGAUCAUGACUACGUCAUCAUGAAAUGACAUCUCAUGAACACAUCUUAUCAAUGAACUGUAUCACGUAAUGAUAAAGACGUUUCAACAAGAAGCAGUACGUUUCAUAAUGUGUGUGUGAGGGUAAGUCAACCUUACAUCGAAAAAUUUCGUUAGUAAAUUCGACGAAUGUCACGAAAGGUGCCCUUGACUGACCUCUAAACCAGAGGCUCUCAAUUGAAGGCUUCCGCGACGGUACGUGCGAGUUGAGUCGUAUAACGUUCGGGAAUUUGGUCCGUUAUUUAAGGGUCGAUACGUCGUCAUUUCCAUGAAUCCCCACCAAUUCCCAUGUCCCCCUUAUCUUUCUAGGCUUUAUGGACGGGAUCACCAGCACGUAUACUUGACAGUGUCGUAGCUAUGAAGCAAUUAUUAAAUAUGACAUCCCACUUGGACACAUUUAUUUUUAAUUCGUUGUCUUGGAAAAUAAACAAUAGAAUUAUGUAAAAAAUAAAUACAAAGAUGUUAAACGAA